UUCAAUACAAUCAAUAAAAUAUCUACGAAAUACUGGAUAAAAUAAAAUGCAAAGAUCUUUCUCUGUAAUAGAUGAUGACGAUGAUGAUGGCGAUGAGGUUUUCCUACCUGAAGGGAAUCCCAAGGAAACAGCCACAAAAUCUUACAAAACCAACAGUGAGUCCGACUUAUCGUUCUCCGAACAGAGCAGUAUAAGUCCCAAACGUAUCGAAAAAGAGGUUAAAGAACAAAGUUCCUAUUCGGAGGAGGAGAAAAUCCUUGUGGACGAUCGAAUCCCCUCUCCCGGCAGUUACAAACGCGAUAAUGCCAAAGAAAAGUGCCUAUUACGAAGCAGGAUCAUGAAAAGCCAUUACUUUAGCGACAGCAAUGAUAGCGAAAUAGAGGAUGAAAUUAAUACUCGACGGGGAAACUAUUCCAGCAAAUCGAAUUAUAUUACCGAGCAGGAACCGCCGGAACCGCCGCCCCCGAAGGAAUUGCUUUUGAGCGACGUGACGGUACCGCCACUAAUAUUCACCUACAGCGACGAAGACGAUUGCGAUUACCCCGAACAAAGCCCGACGGCGGAGGUACCAACAAAUUUGUCAGGCAGACAAACGGCCGUGUUGAAGAGGCGCACCCUCAACGAACCCAAAAUGGAGCAUUUGAUGAGCGACAGCGACGACAGCUACAACGAGACGAAGGCCGGGGAUUUACCCGGCGAAUACAACCCCAAGGAUUUCGAACAACUGGAAGUCGACGAUGAAGUCAAGGAUUUGUUUCAAUUCAUAUCCAGGUACACCCCUCAACAAAUCAAUUUAACCCACAAAUUCAAGCCCUUCGUUCCGGAGUACCUGCCCGCCGUGGGGGACAUCGACGCGUUCCUGAAGGUGUACCCGCCGGAGAGUACCGUCGACGACGAGAAACGUACCGAGUCGUUCGAGCAUCUGGGGCUGACCGUGCUGGACGAGCCGGCCAGCAAUCAGAGCGAUCCCGCCGUGCUGUAUUUGCGGCUCAGAGCCGCUUCGGGGAAUCCCCGGCGGAAGGACGACGAGAACGCGGUGGUGAAGAAAAUCGACGAUGUCGAGAAGAACGCGAAAACGAUCGAAAAGUGGAUAAAGGAUAUAUCCGAUUUGCACAAGAGCAAGUCGUCGGUCGCGAUGAGAUUUACCGAGCCGAUGCCGGAUUUGGAUGAUUUGAUGCAAGAGUGGCCGGAAGCCGUUGAAAAUGAAUUAAAGGAGAAGGGGUUCCCCAAGCCGGACGGGGUGCCAUUGGAACAAUACGUUAGCGUUGUGUGUAAUUUGUUUCAAAUACCGCAAGCUAAGAAGAAAAUUCAGUCGGUAUAUUUGCUUUUUUGUCUUUACGCUGCUAUUAAGCAAACACAAUUGUACAAAGCGUCAUCUUCGUCCAUUGACGAUGGAAGGGCACAAGUCCCCAUGUCCAAAAACCAAACAGAUCAGCUCGUUUUGGAAUAAGAUAAUCUUGCAAUAGUAGACAUUAUCAGGGAAUAUGCUAUUAUAAUUUUAUUAGAUUUUUUCGUAAUUUUUAUUCAACAAUAAAAUAAAAA